CUCCUCCUCCCCCCGGCUCGCCUCCUCCUCCCCCGCCCGGUACCGCAUUGCCGUAGUGCGGGGGGGCCGCUGCAUUGCGCUGCCGCCGUCAAUAGGUGGGCCCCUCCCGGGGAGAUAAAGCCGCCGGAGCCCAAGCUGGCAGCCUCUGCCGCCCCGACCGCCGCUCCGCCUCUCCAUAAACGCAGCUGCCUCCCCAGUGCUCCCCCCGCCGCCCUCCCGCUGCGCGUAGCCCACCAGCAUGGGGAAGGAGAAGACGCACAUCAACAUUGUCGUCAUCGGGCAUGUGGACUCUGGGAAAUCCACCACCACCGGGCACCUCAUCUACAAAUGCGGGGGCAUUGACAAAAGGACCAUUGAGAAAUUCGAGAAGGAGGCUGCCGAGAUGGGGAAGGGGUCCUUCAAAUACGCCUGGGUGCUGGACAAGCUGAAGGCUGAGCGUGAGCGUGGCAUCACCAUUGACAUCUCACUGUGGAAGUUCGAGACCACUAAGUACUACAUCACCAUCAUUGAUGCGCCCGGCCACAGGGACUUCAUCAAGAACAUGAUCACUGGCACAUCCCAGGCCGACUGCGCUGUACUGAUUGUUGCUGCUGGUGUCGGUGAAUUUGAAGCCGGAAUCUCCAAGAAUGGGCAGACCCGUGAGCACGCCCUGCUGGCUUACACCCUGGGCGUGAAGCAGCUCAUCGUGGGCAUCAACAAGAUGGACUCCACAGAGCCUGCAUACAGCGAGAAGCGCUACGAUGAGAUCGUCAAGGAGGUCAGCGCCUACAUCAAGAAGAUCGGCUACAACCCAGCCACGGUUCCUUUCGUGCCCAUCUCAGGCUGGCACGGGGACAACAUGCUGGAGCCAUCCCCCAAUAUGCCCUGGUUCAAAGGCUGGAAGGUGGAGCGCAAGGAAGGCAACGCAAGUGGGGUGUCCCUCCUGGAGGCCCUGGACACCAUCCUGCCCCCAACCCGCCCCACAGACAAACCCCUGCGCCUGCCCCUCCAGGAUGUCUACAAGAUUGGAGGGAUCGGCACAGUUCCCGUGGGCCGAGUGGAGACUGGCAUCCUGCGACCCGGCAUGGUGGUCACCUUUGCGCCUGUGAACAUCACCACUGAGGUGAAGUCUGUGGAGAUGCACCAUGAGGCGCUGAGCGAGGCCCUGCCUGGGGACAACGUUGGCUUCAACGUGAAGAACGUCUCCGUCAAGGACAUCCGCCGUGGGAACGUCUGCGGGGACAGCAAGUCAGACCCGCCGCAGGAGGCAGCACAGUUCACGUCUCAGGUGAUCAUCCUGAACCACCCCGGGCAGAUCAGCGCUGGCUACUCACCUGUCAUCGACUGCCACACCGCACACAUUGCCUGCAAGUUCGCCGAGCUGAAGGAGAAGAUCGACAGGCGCUCUGGCAAGAAGCUGGAGGACAACCCCAAAUCCCUGAAAUCGGGUGAUGCAGCCAUCGUGGAGAUGAUUCCUGGCAAGCCGAUGUGUGUGGAGAGCUUCUCCCAGUACCCACCCCUUGGCCGCUUCGCUGUCCGUGACAUGCGGCAGACCGUGGCCGUGGGCGUCAUCAAGAACGUGGAGAAGAAGAGCGGCGGGGCCGGCAAAGUCACCAAGUCUGCCCAGAAGGCCCAGAAGGCUGGCAAAUGAAUCGUGGGCUCCCAGUGCGUAGCGCAGAAACCAUCCCUGACACCAGGACGCUGCCACCGUCUCCCCCCGGCGCAUGUGUGCACAUCAGCUUGUAAGAGUUUAUAUGUCAACGACUGGAUGCUCACCAUUAAGGUCCAGUGGAAAUUCUUUAAAAGGAAAAGCAUGUUCCAGCGUUUGUGAGGCUUCAUGUUAAUUUUACCAAUAAAACUGGUACAACAUC